CCCCCAGUCCACUAAGGGGGAAAUAAAGGCCCCUUUUCUCAUCCACCGCCCCCUCCGCCGCCAAACCCGCCGUCACUAACGUCUCCUGCGCUCGCGAACGCCGCCAUAAGGAGCCCGUUCGGAUCUCGUCGCGCUCCUUCCCUCCCCCCACCGCCUUCCUCCUUCUCCUCGAAGGGACUUCCGCCUGAGAAGGUGACUAAGAGACUGCCUGUUUGGUUUAACAACCGAUCCCUCCAAACUCGACACGUCCGAAGAGCGAAAAGAGAGAGAACGCGAUUCGAUUACCUAAGCGAGACGCGGCGGCGGGAUGAGACAGCAGCCCCCGACUCAGGCAAUGAAGUAGACACCCUGCUGUGCUACGAAAAAAGGAGGGGGGGGGAUAACUCCGCCAUGGAUCAGGAGACCGAAGGACCCCUACAGGAUUGAGGCGCCGCCUCAAGGCCGAGCUAUGGAGUUGAUAGCGGGCUGCUACGAACAGGUUCUAUUCGGGUUCGCCGUACAGCCGAAUGAGUUUCUGAACUGGGCAGUCUCUCCUGAUUUCACCCACCACGCUCACAAUGCUUCAUUGUCAGCAAUUGCUGUGAAUGACACGUAUGUCAUCACUGGCAGCAGAGAUGAAACUAUACAAAUCUACAACAUGAAGAAGAGAGUAGAACAUGGGGCCUUGCUGCAACACAAUGGCACCAUCACCUGCUUGGAAUUCUAUGGCAGCACACACUUACUGAGUGGCGCUGAAGAUGGCUUGAUAUGCAUUUGGAACACCAAAAACUGGGAAUGCCUGAAAUCCAUUAAAGCACACAAGGGACAUACAACAUCUCUUUCUGUUCAUCCUUCUGGAAAGUUGGCUUUGUCAGUAGGAACAGACAAGACAUUACGGACAUGGAACCUUGUAGAAGGAAGAUCAGCUUUUGUAAAAAAUCUAAAACAAAAUGCACAUCUUGUUAAAUGGUCUCCUAGUGGAGAAUCGUAUGUGGUGGUUACAGCUAAUAAACUGGAUAUAUACCAACUUGCAACCGCUUCUGUCUCUGGCACCAUUGUUUCAGAAAAGAGAGUGUCUUCAGUAUCAUUUAUUGGAGAGAACAUACUUAUUGUUGCUGGAGAUGACGAAUUCAUACGGUUAUUUGACUGUUUAUCACAGGAAUGUAUCCGAACAUUUAAAGCUCAUGAAAACAGGAUAAAAGAGAUCUACUGUUUUGAUGCAACAGAAGAGUCACAUGUUAUGGCGACUGUGUCGAGUGAUGGAUACAUUAGGAUGUGGAAUUUUGAACCUGAAUAUAUUGAUAAGAGGGCACCCUUUUUGCUAUGUGAAGUCAAUACCAAAGCCAGGCUUACUUGCGUUGCAGUCUGGCUCAAAAGCAAUUCAGAAGCUAAAAAGACCUCUGAUGAAGCUGAAACAUCUUCAUCUCAAGUAAGUGAAGAACCACCAAUCAAGAAAAUAUGCGGAACCAACAGUGGUAAGACGGCAGAGAGAGAUAGUCAAGAAGCUUCCAAGAAAAGAAAAUCCACAAAUGUGCAGCAAAAGAAGAAAAAGAUAUUGCAGAGAUUGAAAUGAAUGAGUUUUCAUUACAUUUGGUAUUAUGAACAUACAAUAAAUUAUCAUUAACCAUGUUUUCCA